AAAUCACACUUACCCCAUCUCACCACCAAAGGGCCACCUCAGACGCGGUGAACCGUCUCACGCGAGCGGUGUUGCCAUAACCACACCCCUAGUCUGACGGCCCUCGAAAACCGUCUCCAACCCGGCCAUCAUGAACAUGUCCAGCAGCGAGCCCAUAGAGCCUGCUCCGCCAAACACGUUGGACGAAGACGAAGACUUUGAGGGGUCAGACUACGGAGGAUCAGACUAUGGAGAAUCCCUCGCCUCUUCGGGCUUCACCUCGCUCGCUUCCCGUGUGAUGAAGCACUCACACGAGGGUGGAAGGUGCGUAGAUGAUGUCUUCUUGGCACAUCCUCUUGGGAGAACGCCGAGGCUAAGUUGACAUACUGUUAGACGCUAUCAGUCCUUUCUGCAAGGCAUCUACCCUCUUCCGAAUGAUGAGACGGAACAGUUUCGCGAAGAGAUGAAGCAUCAGCUUGUAAAACGCCUCCUUGAUGAGAACGACUACCUGGCACCAAUCGGUGACCACCCGCAAAAGAUCAUGGACAUCGGCACCGGCACCGGUCUCUGGGCCGUUGACAUCGCGGACAAGUUCCCUAGUGCACACGUCAUCGGCGUCGACAUAUCGCCUAUCCAGAACUGCUAUGCGCCGCAGAACGUCGACUGGAGAAUCGACGACAUUGAAGAGACCUGGUCGCCGCUGUACGCCAACUUGGACUUUGUCCACAUGCGCUCCGUCUGUGUGACGCUUCGACAGCCAGUCAAGGUCAUCCACUCGGCGUACCAAAACCUCAGACCAGGCGGCUGGAUCGAGUUCGAAGAUGCCGGCGUCAAAAUCGGGUGCGACGACAACACUCUGCCCCCAGACUACGCGCCCGCCAAGUUCAUGGACAGGUUCAUCAGCACCUUCAAGACGCACUACGGCUGGGACCUCGAGUUCCCCAACGUCCUGCCCGACAUCCUGCGCGAGGCCGGCUUCGUCAACAUCCGCUAUCGCUUCUUCAAGCUGCCCAUCGGGCCCUGGGCCAAGGACCGCCAGCAGCGCGAGAUCGGCCUGUUCCUCAGCAAGGACGUGCUGUGGCAGCUCGUCCGCGCCGUGCUCGUCAAGUGGGCGCAGCUCGGGCUGACCAAGCAGGAAGCCGACACCAUGGAACAGGACAUCCGAAAGGCGUUCCACGACACACGCAUACAUGGAUAUCUUCCGUGGAUCUCCGUCUGGGCCCAGAAGCCGCCCACCUGAGGCAGGACGCUGCAGCCUUUGCACUCUUGGAUGAGAUGUGUUUGACGGUAUCCAGCCAGCCAUACAAUAUCCCCCGGCCCGCCCGCGCAGGUCACGCAGCCGCGACAGGCGACGGCGAGGCUGCGGCGUUUCGGUACGCUUGCUAAUGUCCUUUGGCUGGUGGGUUGACGUUGGUGACACGGCAUGCAUCGUACGGCGUGAUUCGACUUGCUGGGAGUGCGGGCACGCGCACGUCUGACAGCAUUCGUGUCGGCACGCUUCCUGGUCAAGCCACCAUUCGCCUGGCGACAGGAAUGCCCAUCGUCAGUCGGCAGUCGACAGAGAGAGCAAGCAGUUCGUUCGCAGUCGUUUGCAAUCGUUCGCAAGGCUGGCUUGGCGCCAAUCGACGGCAAACAACGUUGUAACGUGGCCCACGCCCGUCUUUCAUUCAAGCGAGAAACACUCCGGCCUCAGAUCCAUUUACGUGUUUGCCCCCCGGGUCGUUUACGGUUUUCUUCCAUAAGUUACAUACACGUCAAAAUACCCAUGCCUACGUACAUCACGCCACUCCGCAAUGACAUUCGCGCUAAAGUCCCAGACCUCUUCUUUCCUCCAACCCAUGAAGCGGGUGAAGAGGGCCAAUGUCAUGGACUCGAGCCCGACACUAAAGUUGGCUUCUGUCCAGACGCCCAGGGUCUUGUGCUUGACGUCGCGCGGCCACUGGUUGAUUGGCCACUUGAACUGGAUCCGCACAAUAUCGACGAAUCCGACGCUCGCCAUCAUCUCGGCCGCCCUGCCGCAGGUAUCCAGGAGGAAGCCCGACCUUUGGCCGGCCUCCAUCAUGAGCUCGUUCCAUCUGCCGAGGUCGCAGUCUGGCGGGAUUGUUCCAUCGUCACACCUCAUGGGGAAGUCGAUAUCCUGGAUCUCAAACCAGCCCCCGGGGUUUAAGUUGCUCGAGACUAUGUUAGCUGAUGGGCGCCUACGGGGGGAGAUGACCUACUCAAAGGCUUGUUGGUGGAAGUUUUGCCAAUCCCUAAACGCGCCCGUCAUCAUCAUACAGUGAACAUAGUCAAACUUUCUAGAAAAGCUCCACUCCUCCUCGAGGUCGUCGAUUUCGUAGUGCACGUUUGGCGGUGUACUGGGAGGGUCAGAUCUGAUCAGGCGUAUUUUCUUCUUCAAACUCACAAGCCAGGCUGGACGGGCGAGAGAUCUACGCCGACAACUUCGGCUUCUGGGUGUGCCUCGCCUGAGUAGAGUCAGCGAAUGUGUCAUAUUAAAGAGAGGCCACUCGCCAAAGUCUAUGGCCCACAGCCCUAUGCCGCAGCCGACGUCUAGGACUCUGUGAGGAUGGUGGACCGGGGCAAAGUUGAGCCUGUUUUCAAAGGUCAACUGGCAGAGCUGAUAUUGAAAAGCUGCGAACAGUUAGAAGUUUGUCAAGCCAUGUCGGAGGAGAAGUGUACCUUGUCGAUCGAGUUCUUCCUAGACACGGGAACGCGUUAGAUGCAGCUCAUCUGACAUGUACUUACAUACCUGGUCAGUGGGCAAGACAUAUUUCCCGUCCUUGUAUCCGUGAUAGAUUCUUC